AUGCCUCAAAGGUCAAUAACAAGUAAAGAUAUCGCAUCAUUGCCACCGCCUGGUUUUAACCUAGCAGAAUCAAUACGAUUUAGUCCUGAUGACAACCUUAUAACUUAUCUUCGCUCUCCGAAUCAAACAUUAUCAAGACAACUUUAUGGAUAUAAUAUUCAAACAGAUAAAGAAUUUAUUUAUGCUGAACCUGAUGGAAAUAAUGAACAAGCAGAAGAUAAUCUUUCAAUGGAAGAAAAACUUCGACGUGAACGUCAACGCCAAUUAAUAACUGGUAUAACUCGUUAUCAAUGGUCAAAAACUAAAAAUCAAUCAUUAAUGCUUAUACCAAUUGGUAGUGAUCUUUAUAUUCAUAAUGGUCAAGAACUUCGUCUUUUGGUUAAUGGAACUAAUCAACCACCAAUUAUUGAUCCAAAACUUUCACCCGAUGGUUCUUUAGUUGCUUAUGUUCAAGAUUGUGAACUUUAUUGUGUAUCAACAACAGAAAUAUCAGCUGUACCACGUCAAUUAACAUUCGAUGCACGUGGUCAACCAAAUAAAACUAAUGGUCUAGCAGAAUUUAUUGCUCAAGAAGAAAUGGAACGUAGUGAUGGUUAUUGGUGGUCUGAUGAUUCACAUUUUAUUGCAUUCACUCAAGUUGAUGAAUCAAAUAUUCCAAUCUUUCGUAUUUCACAUUCCGGUUCUGAUGAUGCUGAUCAAAUUGAAGAACAUCGUUAUCCAUUUGCUGGUAAAGCAAAUGUACAUGUUACUGUUGGUAUUGUUGAUUUAACAGAUAAUAAUAAAACAACACCUGAUAUUCACUGGGUUGAUUUAAGUUCAUUUGAUGAUUAUUACGUUGCACGUGUAAGUUUUUUUCCUGACGGUACUUUAGCUUUACAAAUCGAAAAUCGUGAACAAACAAAAUUAGGAUUAUAUCAAUAUGAUUUUAUAAAUAAAAAGACAUUACAAUUAUUAAUUGAAGAAACAAGUCAAUCGUGGAUUAAUUUACAUGAUAUGUUUCAUACAUUAAAAAAAACACCAACACAAUUUAUAUGGGCUAGUGAAAGAACUGGUUUUAUGCACUUAGAAUUAUAUGAUUUAAAUACUCGACAAUUAAUAAAACCAAUAACCAAUGGCGAUUGGGUUGUACAACAUAUUAUUGAUAUUGAUGAAGAAAAUUCAACUAUUUAUUUUCUAGCUAAUCGUGAAACACCUCUUGAAGUUCAUUUAUAUAGUGUUAAUUAUAAUAAUGAUAAAUCUACAAUAGAACGUAUAACACAAGAAGCUGGUUGUCAUGUUGUUCAUGGUUUUAGUCGUAAUUAUGAAUAUUGUAUAACACAAUGGAAUUCUAUAGAUCAACCUCCAAUUAUAAGAAUGUUAGAUGUUAAAAAGAGAGAAAUUAUUAAAAACUUAGAUCAUUUACAACAAGGACAAUUGCAAGCUAUUGAACAAUUUCAUUUUGUUAAACCUCAAUUAUUAAAAAUUCAAAGUAGAGAUAAUGAAACACUUUAUUGUGCUAUUUAUAAACCAGAUGAUGGACAAGCAAAAUAUCAAAGACCAUAUCCAACAAUUGUUUCAGUUUAUGGUGGACCACAUCUUCAACGUGUGGUUAAUUCUUGGUCACUGCGUGCAGAUAUGCGUUGUCAAAGAUUAGUUGAAUCUGGUUAUGUUGUAUUGCGUUUAGACAAUCGUGGUAGUCCAAAUCGUGGUUUAGCUUUUGAAAGUAAAAUCAAACAUGAUAUGGGACAUUUAGAACUUGAAGAUCAAAUUGAUGGUAUAAAUUAUCUUGUAAAACAAGGUAUAACAGAUAAAACACGUGUUGGUAUGUAUGGAUGGUCAUAUGGUGGAUAUAUGGCUGCUAUGGCAUUAGUUCGUGCAAGUGAAGUUUUUAAAUUAGGAAUUGCUGGUGCACCAGUUACACAUUGGGAUGGAUAUGAUACUCAUUAUACUGAAAGAUAUAUGGGUACACCAGAAACAAAUCCACAUGGAUAUGAAGUAUCAAGUGUUAUGCAUUAUGUACAUAAUUUAACAGGUCAUUUAAUGAUCCUACAUGGUUUAAUUGAUGAAAAUGUUCAUUUCCGCCAUUCAGCUCGUCUUAUUAAUGCACUUAUACGAGCGAAUAAACCUUAUGAACUUGUACUUUUUCCUGAUGAACGACAUAUGCCAAGAAAAAUUGAUGAUCGAAUUUAUAUGGAAGAUCGAAUAUUUGAAUUUAUUCGAAAAAAUUUAUAA